AUGGACACGUCGAAAACGAGCUCGAUCAAAUGCCUUCUGAUGCAAGCCUGGCGGGAACGGUGGUGUGAUGUCCGCUGGGGGAUCAAUAUAAAGAAUGUUCUACCGAGAGGUGUAUCCGGUGACGUCUAUGAUCUGGCUGAUUGCAUUCUCGAGCAAGCCAUGGUCGGACCCAUCCCCAAUCAGCUCCUAAUGUCCUACCUGACCCACUGUUUGUCGUCCCAGAUCAUAUCGUACGGUGCAACCUUCUCGUCGGUAGCUCGAUUCGACAACUACGGAAACACCCGAUGUCUGCAGUGCCUGCUGGACCUCGUGGGGGAAAUGCAACAACGUGUGGUCUGCCACGGGAACGAAGAAGAGUGCAUAGCCUUAUGCAAAUCCACUGUCAGUCUCGCGCUGUGGCUGUACAACUGUAUGAUAUACGGAGCGGAGAGUCAGGAGGCCGCUCACGUUCUGAUCCUUUCGAAAAGCGUUUCGUCUCUCGCUUUCAUGAGCAGGAGUACUUUUUUGAAGGCUCUAUUAUUCAUCGGACGCCGUGAGGACGACGAAACCUACCAACAGCUUCUCAAGAAACAUUCCGAAGCGAAGCAAAAAUUGCAGAACGUCCAGGGACAAGUGCGUGAGACGGUGCUCGAAGCUCUGGCUCUGGUCAAGAGACUGGACGACAUGAACAAAAUCAAGGCCGAAAAAAUGACGCGAAAACCUGGCAUCGUCAUAGGACUCGUGACCUGUGUCACAGUUGAAGCCAUUCUGAAUCCGGGCAGCUCGAUACAGAGCGUGGCCGAUGUGCUGCAGUUGACGAAAAGUCUUCUGAAUAUACCGAACGACGUGUUCUACUCCGAAAUCCUGAGAUCUUGUCUGAUGGGGAUGGCCGAAGUCAUCCCUACGAACAACGAUCUCCGAUGGACCGCUUUCACCUACCUCAAACUCCCUCUUGUCCUCGAAAGGUUAAACAGGAACGACAAGGGUUUGUACAGAGGUCUCGAAACACUCCUGACCUACAAAUCAUUGCUCGAUACAGCCGAUAGCAGAUGCAGCCACGACUGCGUCGCUCUAAUCGUCAGCGAAUUCGCCAAGAUGAAACUACUGACCGAAGACGAAGCUCAAGAAUUACGAAGCAAGAGAGUACCUAACGCUCCGAAGGAGGGCACAGCACAUUCGUCGUUGAUCAUCAGGGCCGAACCCACAAUGAAGAGUAUCCUCAGUACAUUGGAUACGGAUUACACGAGAAAUCCUGAUGCGCCGCUGGCGGUUCUGAAACAGAUGAUCACAGGAAUGAGUUUCGAACUGAUCCUGAGUGCGGCUGCCUCGACAGGCAAGCUCGGUAUGUUUGUGCGGAAAUUGGCCAAAUUCAACGACCAGCACAACGCGAUAGUGGCCGAACGCGAAGGGACCCGGGCCAUGCUGUUCGACAUCACCUUCCUCAUGUUAUGUCACAUCGCGCAGGUCUAUGGAGUCGACACGGUGGUAAGCAACGAUACGCGCGAUUCGUUUUUCGCUCAAUGGGUCCCAGACUGCUUGGUUGACCCCAAUCGUUACACUUGUCCGGAGAAAAUGCUCUCGAGGGCGAAUCGAGAGAAAGUGGAUCUUCUGCUCCAGCAACUCAUGCGCUGUGGUGAUCCGAAUGAGGUUCUGGAUUUCAGCGCGACCCAUCAAAGAUGGUCCGACCUCGCCUACGACCUCCCGGCAGCAAUCAAGGAGAUACUUAUCGGCUGGGAGCAGGGGAACGUCACGACGAACACCGUCAAAGCGAUACUGGAACAGAUAAAAUCCAAAAUGUGUUUCCUCCCCGUGGUCAUAUCGACAUGGCUUAGUUGCCACAUCAACAUCCUCCAUCACGAAGAACGCCUGAAGCCCAUCAACAUCAUGAAUCAAUUUCAACAGGCGGCGAAAAUCAGCGACGAAGCGGAAGCUCAAGACAACUACAAGGACCGACAGUCGCUCACGGCUUCCAUCGUGAAGAAGAUGAUGUUCCACUUUCAUCCUUCGGGACAGAAUAAGAUCAGCGCACUGACGGAUAAAACACCUCUGUGGACUGCCGUGCAAGAGGUGUUCGACUCCGUCCAUUCGGGCAACUGGAUCGAUAUUGCCACGAUAAACAGUCUCAAGGGAAUUCUCGAUAUUGCGGGCCCGGUGUGGUUCUGUGAUGCCCUGAUCCGCCAGGCAUUGAAAUACCAACACCAAGACGACUUGAAUCGGGCUGUCGAGCUCGCUUACGGGAUCUUCCAAAUCGAUAUCCAGCACUGCGCCUUGGCUCUACUGACCAAUGUCCUGCCAAAUUAUCUGCUCUGGGAGAGUAAACAGCAUUUUCUCACCGAGCCCAAACUCUCGGCCUUGGCCAAACUAGUGACACUGACAACCAUGACUGCUCUCAACCUCCGCAAGGAGAAGGCGGAAGCGCAAGAAACGAGAAGGAAACAUCCAUACUGGGACAUGGAAUUACACGAAGCCUUGAUGAACCAUUCUAAGAGUAAGAACAAGAAUCGUCGCAUGAACACCGACCUCGAGAGCCUCGAGGACACACCUCACUGCCUUCAGUUUCACAACAAUGAAGAUUCUCUGGAGCCGUUGGUCCGAGCGAUCGCAGAGCUUUUCCGUCUCCUCUACUCGAUCGCGACGGAACCGCAGAUCAGUCAGCGAUCCUUCUUCCCUCUAGAAAUAUUCAAACAGUUCGUCACGUGUGACGAUCCGAGCUCAAGUGAAGUUCUUCAAUUUCUCCCUCUCGGUUUCAUUUCACAGCUGGUUCGAUCCAUGCCGAACUCCAUUACCCCCAACUUGGUGCUUGCCCUCUCGUCAUUCGCGACAUCGAGGACGCGGAAGGUGGUUGCCCGAGCGAUCUGUCAACUUCAAAUCACGCAAGACAUGAUCUGA